AUGUCGUCUGGCUCAUACGAGUAGAGGGGCCAAAGGCUCCGCACAACCGCGGCAUAAGCAGUUUCAAAUUCCCAUGCCAAAGUCAUGCGAGAUCGAGACCAGCUCUUCAGUUCCCAUACCUUCUUCUGCUUGUUGAAAAUCUGCACAAUGGCUGAUUCAUCCUCGUCAAUGCCACCUGAGUGGAAUCGGUGGCAGCAUGACUCUGCAAAAUAUGACCUUUUCUCGCCCAGCGUUAGCCCGAUUUCAGUCGCAGAAUUGUUCGAGGUCUCAGAAGACAGAACUGGUUCAAAGCAACAGCUGGCACUUGACGAUGUCAGGCUGAAUGACGAUGAAUCACCCUUGGGACACGCUCAACUACGCAAGAAUCUGGCAUCGUUGUAUUCUGCUCGCUCCGCUGGGGUUACUCAUGAGAAUAUCAGGAUAACUAAUGCAGCUGCUUCUGCGAACUAUGCCGUGUUGUCUGCUCUUCUCUCAAAGGGUGAUCAUGCUAUUUGUCAGCAUCCCAUCGACAAUGUGCUCUUCGGAGCCCUCGAGUCGCUCGACAUAGAGGUGGCCCUAUGGGAAGCCGAACCAGCUAAGAAGUGGCAGCUUGAUGUCCAGGAUCUUAAGGAUGUCAUCAAGGAAAAUACAAAAUUGAUUGUGAUCCAGAGUCCUUGUGAUCCAACGGGUACGGUGGUGUCGAAAUCAAAACUAGAGGCUCUGAUUGAAGUGGCUCAGGAAAAGGAUAUCAUCAUAUUAGCGGAUGAAAGUUACAGACCUCUCUUCCAUUCAUUAUCACCAUCCGAUGAAGACUUCCCGCCCUCAGCAAUCAACAUGGGAUAUAGAAAGGUCAUCGUCACAGGUACAAUAAAUCACGCUUACAGCCUGCCGGGAACCAAAGCAGGGUGGAUAGCUUGCAAGGACAAAGAAAUCCUCGAAGCAUGCCAGCCGACACAGAUACGGAUCGCCUCAGCUCCCUCCCGGCUAGAUGAAUUAGUUGCGGCUGAAGCUUUGAGUGAUAGAUGCAUUCAUGCGCUGUUAGGCAGAAAUAUCAGACUAUGCCAAACAAAUCUGGAACUUCUUCAAGGGUUCAUUGAAGAACACAGCUGGUCGGUUUCGUGGGUAAAGCCGCAGGCUGGAACAACUGCUAUGCUCAAGUUCCACAAGAUGGGCAAGCCUGUUGACGACGUCGCCUUCUGCGCGGCGCUCCUGAAAGAGGCGGGUAUAUUCCUCUGCCCAGCAAGUACUACCUUCGGUAACUCCAAGAGCUAUCGAGGUUUUAUCCGCAUUGCUUUCGGAGCACCGACGUCGCAGUUCAAGGCAGCGCUCGCAGCCUGGACAUCUUUCAUGGAAGCCUACGAAUCUGUUCCAACUGUAUCUCAAAAAUAAAAUCUUCAUCAGAUCGGCAAUAUAAAUCCAUCACAAAUCAUGGGCCAUCGCCAGAUCAUCAAAUCAAGAAAAACCACAAUCCCCUCCAAGUUUUUUGUUCAGAGA